GUCCGACGCGGUCUACUGAAACGGCGAAAUGAGUGAAAACGACGGCAUACACAUAGAAUACGCGGAUGAGAAUGAAUUAAUUCGCGAAUUCCGACGCCACAUGAGCGAUCCCGAAACGAGAGAAAAGGCUGCAAACUAUCUGUACGAGUCCCUUGUGGAUGAAGCCAUCCUGGGAGUUGUCUACGAAGUGCAUCAUGCAAACAAGACAGGCUGUAGUGCCGCAGUGGAGGGCGAAGCCGAGGAUAGCAAACCAUACACGAUCGUAGAUCUCCCGGACAUGGACGUAUUCGGCUCUUCAAACACCAAAAAAGCGAUCGACUGCCAUUGUCCGAACUGCAAUCGCAUUGUGGCCGCAUCUAGAUUUGCUCCACAUCUGGAGAAGUGCAUGGGCAUGGGUAGAAAUUCGUCGCGUAUAGCUAGUAGACGCAUUGCAAACACGCGUGAUGUGGGAAGUGGUAACUAUUUUGGCGGUGACGAGGACGAUGAAGAUGAUGCCGACUGGUCGGGUGAAAAGCGGAAAAAGAAGAUCUCGCAAGUUCGCACCAAUGGGAGUAAGAAAAAUGGAAAAACCUCAUGAAAGUAGGCGUCCGUACGGGGUUGCUAGUUGAUGUUCCUGGACUGGUGGAGCUUGGAUGAAGAUGGAAUGGAUAUAUAGACUUGACGGUCGGUUUCUGGUGUAUAGAUACAGAAUGUGUUCAGAGAGGAUGUGGAACGAGCGAGAAUGAAUAGCAUCAUCAACCCCUACGAUGUGCGAAAGAUACUAUUACUUUAUAAAAAGAAAUGGGGAAACAUUCGCCACUUUCGAAGAAAUGCCUUUGCACAUGCAACUGCGGAGCUGCAAUUUGCUAGAAUACAACAACUACUCGACGAAACAUGACGAAAGUCACGGUUUAGUUUAUAGUAAUGGUAGCAAAUGUUGCCAAGUAACAUAUAAGAAAAUUAACAUAAUUAGCGAUCGACUGUACCAACCCCUAUGUAUGUACAUUAAUGUAACCUUAUUAUUGAAUCAACGGCAGGGUGGUAAAUUAACACUGCUUCCGAAAAUGUGUAUAUUCGUCUAGUUUCUAGUAAAGUCUGAAUAAAACAAGAAUAUUCAAUUUAGAAUUAC